GAAGGAGAGGGAAGAAGAACAAGAGGAGAAGCUGGAGUAAUUACAGAGAGAGAGAGAGAGGAAUUAAAAAACAAAAAGAAAAAAAGAAAGCGAGCGCGCACAUGCAGACCAGCCUCGUUCUGAGUGAGACCAAAAUGGAAAUGGCGGCCAUAACACGUAGCAACAUCAAGAUUGCUCCCAUGGCUAUUGUGUGCAAAGAAUGUGAUUUAAUUGGGGACAUAUCAAUAGGUGCCCGCACCAUCAUCCACCCGAAGGCCAGGAUUGUGGCUGAAGCCGGCCCCAUCAUCAUUGGCGAGAGUAACCUGAUUGAAGAAGGUGUACAGAUCAUUAACAAAUUACCUGAAGAUGGUUCUCCCACAGAUGAAACUCCAGUGAUGGUCAUUGGGAAUCACAAUGUCUUCGAGGUGGCUUCUUAUGUAGAAUCUCUGAAAAUUGGUAAUUUCAAUGUUGUUGAAGUAAAAGCUAGCGUUGGCCGGAACACUGAAUUAACAUCUGGCUGUAUUGUUGGGGCCAAAUGUUGUCUGAGCACCAAUGAAUGUCUACAGGAGAACACUGUAAUUUAUGGCCAAGAAUGCAGGCGGCGUGUACAGCAGGAACAUCCUUUCGCACAGACUCUGCAGUUGGAUUUCCUCUCCAAACUUCUGCCAAGUUUCCAUCACAUCAGAAAACCAACCAAAGUUGCAAACUAAUUAUUCCUCCACUCACCCACCCCACACGCACAUGGAGGGUAUGUGUGUGUGGUGGUGGGAUAUCCUCUUAAAUUAUGGAAACGGCCUCCACUUUUCGAAUCCGAGUUUCUAUUUAUUGUCUUCAAUGGCAGAAGCUGAUUUCUUCUGGAUUUUAAACAGCCAGGACAUUUGAGGGUGGCUGAAGGGAAUGGAACAACAGAAAACAAAGACAACCACCUUAAUGUCGAUGGCAAACUGAGCAAAUACAUACUUGUCUCGCUUGCUUUAGAUAUAUGUGUAUGUGCAUGUAUGUAUGUGUGCGUAUGUAUGUAUAUAUCUAUAUGUAUGUAUCUAUGUCUAUAUAUAUAUAUAUAUAUAUAUAUAUACACAUUAUAUAUAUACACACACAUACCUGUGUUUAUAUAUAUACAUACAUACAUAUGAAUAUAUACAUACAUAUAUAUCUAUUUGUGUAUCUGUCUGUAUAUAUAUAUAUAUAUAUAUAUAUAUGCACAUGUAUCUAUAUACAUACAUACACAUGUGUGUCUAUAUAUAUAUAUGUAUGUAUGUAUGUUUGUAUAUGCAUACACGUCUAUGUAUACAUGAACAUGUGUUUUAUCUGAAAGUCUUGUCUCUUGUCAUGCAUGACCUUUCCCUAUAUCAGUAGACCAACAUAUAUAUAGUGAUAUGAGAACGUACAUACAUACAUAAACAUAUGUCCAGACACAUACAUGCUGCCAUACAAACUUACACACAUGCACACACAGACUCUCACACACACACACACACUCACACGUGUUGCUUUGCUGUUUGUUUUGUUUUGUCUUAUUUAUUUAUUUACUCUUGUUGAAUAUGUAUAAAAAUCAUUAAUAUAUUUCUGGACACUAAUGUUUUGUCGAUCUGUUCCCGUUCCCCCAUCUGCUCCACCUCACCACUUACACGCACACACACACACACACACACCCUAUAUUACACAUACAUACACACCAACAUACACAACCCUACACACAGUACCUAUCCACCACAGCCCAGGGCAAAUAUGCCACGUCACCCUCAAACACUACCCCUUUCUUUUUCCUCACCAUUUACCCCAUACACUUUAUUCCACCCCCACCCCCCAACACACACACCUUCGUUCUGUUAGUCUCACCUGCUCAGGUGUGACAUAUUGAAAUCUGUUACUGCUUCUCCUCCUCCUCCUCUUCUUCUUUUGCGAAGACCCCAAAUAUGGGUCAAUGGAACAAAGCGUUAUAUUGCCAAGAACCAGGCUGUUAAUAUGGAAUCCAAAGACACAGUCUUAGGCAUUCAACCAGCAGAAUAUUUCUGGAUAGAAAUAUGCCAAGGACACUCAAACAACUUUAUUUACCCAGGAAAAGACAAAAAAAAAAAAUAAUAAUAAUAAAUUUAAUUGUGAAAUCA